CUAUUUCAUGUGUAUUUAUACAAAAGAAUUCGAAAUUAUCUUUAAUUAUUUUAUUAAAAUUUAAUGCAAUAAAUUGUUAAUCAUAUACACAAUAUACGUUUAUAUCGAAAAUAUUUAACGUUUCAUUAUAAUCAAUGACAUGGAUGAUUUUAACUUUUACUUAAAAUUUACGAAAUCCAUGAUUUUUAACCUACCAAAUCUUAAAGGUAAAUUCGUUUCACUUGAUUAUUGUCUUAAAUUCUGUAAAAAAUUCUAUGUAUACAUAGAUCGUGCAAUGGCUGCUUUAUGGUUAAAUAAAUUGACUGAAAUAAAUGAAAGUAUUCCGAAGGACAAUCUUCAUGUUGAAUAUCUGAAAUUAUUGUUAUUCGCACUACAAAAAAACAAUCUUACAGGUAUUUUUGCAGAAUAUCCACCUGAAGAUUCACUUCCGUAUCAUCCAGGGAUGAACACGGCAAUGGAUAUGAUAAAAUUAGUAAUUCCAACGAAAAAAUUGUCUUCCUUUCCUUCAAUUUAUACUGUAAUAGGAGAUGGUAUGUCUGAAUUAGCUGCAAUUCAAGAAAUACCGAAUUUUGGAUUGCACGGUUACUAUGCUAUAUCUAGUGAAGCUUUACCAUUGUGGACGCAGAAUAAAGCUGGACAAUUAAAAAGCAAUGAGAAUAUAAAUAAAAUAUCUCGAUUUAAAGAUUCUCUUGAUUAUAAAAUGCUUAAAGAAUUUAAUUUGCAACAAACUACAUCACGAAAUAAUGACCCAAUGAAACGACCCAUAAUCUUAAAUGAAAUGGAUACAGAAGAAGAAAGCGAAAGAAAGGAAAUAUCAACAGAUGAAACAAGGCCAUGUUGGGGAACAAAUCGUUAUUUUGAAAAACUUUUAGAUCAAUCUCCUCAUAUUGCUACAGAUCUUGAACUAACAACAGCAGAUACAUUAUUGCAUAUACUUAAAGACAAAAAAUUAGAUAAGAAAGAAAUACAAGAUGAUUCUUGUAAUUUAUCUGUGAAAAGAAGACAAUUCGAAAAGAUGUCCAAUUUGACACCUUCUACAUGUGAAUCAGGAUGUGAUGGAAUACAAUAUCAAAGUGAUAGUGAAGAACAAUUACAAUACUUAAAACCAAAUUUUGGAAGCGAUGGCAAAAAUUAUUGCAGAGGAAAUAAUAUUCCAAGACAUAAAUAUAGAAAUAAAUGGAAAAAUGCCAGGGCCCAUGAAUCUUCCAUUUCUUCAAAGAGCUGUUUCUUAAAUCCAAAUUAUUGUUCCCGAUUGUAACAUGGACUUUUAUUUGAUCAGAUUUAUAACAGAUCUUUAUGAGACUUUUUUAUGUUAUAAUCAAUUGAUCAAUUAUACAAAAUAUAGAAACAAAGAAAAUAAAAAUUGUAAAUUCAAUUAAA